GCCGUUGCCGGUUAUUUUUUAUUGGUGGGCUCUUUCUCGCGUUUCCAACAACAUUUUAGUCCUACUUCAUUUUUCAAUGAGUACGAUAUUCAGCAACAGAUAGUGUACUUCAAAGUAGGAUCUACAGUUCUUGGAAUUUGCAUCGUGGAACGAGGCUAGACGGGCAUUUACUGCAAUUAUUGAGGAAGUAAACUGUGUUGGACUUUUGCCCCCAGGAGACCUCUGUGAGAUGACUGCAAAUACAUUAGCUAGAUAAUGGCAGACUUAGAAGACGGUCGCAAUUUCGGUCAGAAGCUGCCUCCACUCCAUAUUUAUCUGAAACAGGUGUUGGACAAAUAUCCAGAAGGAGGGCAAAUAUUGAAGGAACUGGUGCAGAAUGCAGAUGAUGCCGGUGCCACCAAUGUGAUCUUUCUCUUUGAUCAAACUGAUCACCCAACUCAGAGACUUUGGUCUGAGAGUCUAAACAAUGUUCAAGGGGCAGCUCUGUAUGCGUACAACGACGCUAAGUUUACCGACAAAGACUGGACGAGUAUACAGAAUCCUUCGCAGAGCGGGAAAAUUGACGAUCUGGCGAAGGUUGGACGGUUCGGACUGGGCUUCAUCUCAGUUUACCACCUCACAGAUUUGCCGAGCAUCCUAAGUGGGGACACCAUUGGAUACUUGGACCCGCUGGAGCAUUACUUCAGCUAUGACCCUCACACAGGAAAGACAUACGAGGGUAAGGUUGGUCAGAGCUGGAAAAUUUCCUCCAAGCUUUUGAACGAUUUUCCUCAUCAGUUUACUCCUUACUUACAAGAAAUAUUUAAUUGUAAUGAAUCAAAUUUUGAGAAUGGUUCGUUCAAUGGUACAAUAUUCCGUUUUCCGUUGAGACGGGAGAAAUCUAAACUCAGCGAGUCUUUGUUUGAUGACGAGAACAGGGUGCAUGAACUAUUCAGUUCAUUUGAAACCGAUGCAGAGAUAUCCUUACUGUUUCUUAAGUACGUAAAAUCAAUAUCUGUGUACGAAAAGGGUCCAGAUGAUGAGACAGCGAAGCUUAACUUCAAGAUUGAGGUCCCCGUAGAAGACAGGCCUGAGAUGCAUUCUAACGUACAGGCUUUCCUAACUAAGAUUCCAGAGAAUAAAGACUUCCGCACUCUAAGCUGUUUUCGGAUUCACAAACAGACCGUCCCAGACGAGGUUGACACAGUAAGUAGGUAUACAACACUGAAUGCACUGAGAACAGAAGACGCAUCAAGUGACCUUCGAGAGCUUAUCAACGAUGGCGAACUGAAGUUACUUCCAUGGAUGGGAAUAUCGUUCAGAUCAAGCUCAUCCAUCGAGGAUAGCUCUCCAGAUGGCCGUACUUUCUGUUUUCUACCAUUACCCGAGAGUGAACAAACUGGCCUACCUGUCCACGUCCAUGGAUAUUUCGGACUCGGUGACAACCGUCGCGGCAUUAAAUGGCCAGAUAAAGAGUCUCUUCACGACAAGAAAGCUCAGUGGAACAUGCUGUUGGUAGCAGAAGUAUUUCCAAAGGUUUAUGCAGAGCUCAUAUUGGCUGUAAUUGCAAGAAGCCAGGAAACUACAAGCCCGAUGACGUCCGAGGAGGUGUAUAAUGCAUGGCCAACUCCAUCAAGUAUAAAAGAAGAGUGGAUUGACAGUGUCAAAAAAUCCCUACAACUACUAGCAGAGGAGACGAUUUUCUAUUCAGAUCAUGAAGGAGGAAGAUGGAUGAAGUCAAGUGAAGUCUACAUUGAUACCGAAGACGACCCUUUAUUUGCAGAAGUCCUUAGGCAUAAGCAACAUCCAGUUACUAGACUCCCAAACCAUGUUACUGACUCCCUCCGCUGGGCAAAUGUGGGUUUUCGGGAAGUAACACCACAAGUUGUAAGAGAUAGUAUCCGUGGUGAUCCUUUGGAUUUCAUUUCACCUAAGGAAAAGAUGCAGCUCCUGAGGUAUGUCACUAGAGACACGGUAGCUGAUCUAUCCCGCUUGACUCUACUUCCUUUACAAGAUGGGACAUUUGUACCGUUCUGCUCGUCAGCAUCCACGGUGUACAUUGCCAGCAGAGAGCAUCCAAGUGUUCUCAUUCCAAACACAGGUACAAGGCUUGCUGCGAAUGAUAUGCCGAAAGAGUUAGAAGCUACCGAGGCGCUGACAAACAGUCAGCUGAAACUCCUACAGGCUGAUGAUAUAGCUCCACUGCUUAGAGAAAUACUUCCAAGCAAUUGGAUAGAAGGGACAGAUGAGGUGAAGCUGCAGUGGACUCCCGGAUGCAACCAUCAUCCACCUGCUACCUGGUUAGAUGAAAUGUGGAAGUGGUUAACGCAGAACCUUGCCACAAUUCAACUUCAAGACUUCGAAGGUAUUCCACUUAUACCCAUGGAACACAAUAAACACAUAACCAAACUCCUGAGAAAUACAAUGAUUUUCCACAAAGAGGCGGGAACACCUGGUAGUUCUAAUGAAUGCCUGUCGGAAAGUGGCUGCUCAUUCCUGGAAUCUUUUGGGGUAGUUGUUUUAAGGCAUGAGUUGCCUUCAUACAUUACGAGUCACCCACAACUUGGUAGAUUUAUUCAAUCCCCUAACCCUGAAGGAGUAAUGGCUGUUCUAGAGGAAUUUGCUGUAAAGGUUGACCUCAAAGAACAUGUGGAAAAGGCAAACACAAACAUCAAAGAUGAACUUCAACGACUGCUGUCUCAACUGCGGCAAAUACCGUCCGAACAAAAGAUCAUACUCAGAGGGUUGCCCAUCUUCAACGGAAGCGAUGGAGACUAUACAUCGGCAAAUUCUUGUGAGAGGGCUGUUCCAAGUAGUUUUCAAGAGAUACCAGUGAAAACCCUACGACAGAAUCGUCUCAUCUUGAAAGACAGCUUGGACAAUUUUGCGAACAUUUUAGACAUACACAAGGAUUCUGUUCACGAGCUUCUCGAGGAGAACGUCUUACCUGCUGUGUCUGCUAGAUUCUACACUGAUAGUGAAUCUGAAGAGAUCAUGACGUGGGUCUUGGAGAGACCAGAAUAUAACAGUCUGGUUAGCAAUCUGCCGUUUAUACCUACUUCAGGAAAUCAAGAAUUGUCGAGUCCAGUCGAACUGUAUGAACCUACUGAUGAGCUGCGUGUGGUAUUUCGAGACAGGCCAGUCUUUCCCACCGGUGUUUAUUCCCGGGAUAGGCUCGUUGGUUUCCUUAAACAGAUUGGUUUGAAGAAAGACUCCGAGGUGACCUCAAAGGAAGUGAUGGAGGUUGCAAAAGUCCUGUCGGAGGGCGAAACAAUCGUAGAUAGGGAACGAGCAGUAGCUCUGUUGCAACAUGUCAAUCGCUUUCCUCAUCUUCUUUCUAAAAGAGUAACAAGCGACGGUGUAACAAAGCCUUUGUUCAAGGUCAUGGAAGAGCUGGCUUGGGUACCAUGUGAAUCAUCGCCACCGCUUCAUUACCCUGUUUCGGCAGGAUGGUUUGGGAAAUCCAACAAACUGUACCUCCCUCAACAAAUAAGCUUGAUUGAAACAGCUAAGUUACAAGGCUCUGUCGUAGCCCUUAUCAGCAUGCAAGACAUGAAGCAAGACUUACUUCAGUUAUUCGGCUGGAGUAGAGACUUGAUCCCCGAUGAAGACAAAAACGUUGAAGCAGCAGUGCGCCAUCUGAAGAACGUUACCGACAACUUCAGCUCAACGGAGGAGACGUUUACUAUUUCUAACACAGUAUCAAGUAUUUAUGAGUAUCUUGGUAAGGCAUCAGCACCAACAUUGAAACGUCUAUUUGAUAAAUAUGUCGGUGACUCUCAACCAUGGGUGUGGCACGGCUCUGGAUUCACAACUCCGGACAAAGCAGCUUUAAGUAUAGGGACUUUAGGUGUAAGUUUAGCUCCCUAUCUACAUAUUAUACCUGAGGCUAUGCUGAAGCACAGAGCUUUCUUAGAAACAAUGGAUGUCCAGCAGACCUUCCAAGAAAGUGCCUUGUGCACUGUUCUUGACAGUGUUAAGCAGAAACGUGACGGUCAAGUAAACAUACACAGAACAGAACUCGAGGCUGACUUAAAUCUUGUUUGCAACAUCCUGAGGUACAUUGCAACCUUAGAAAGGUUUGACGCUAAAAGCUCAACGAUCCUAGUACCUUGUAGGACACCAAAAGAGAGCAAUAUUCUCCUCAUGGUUCCUGCUUCAGAUUGUUUGUAUGUGGAUGAAGAGAGACUUGCAAGACAGUUAUAUGAGGAAGGAUUGCAAGACGACUUGGACAAGCAAGUCAUUCAUGAGCAAGUAUCAAAUGACCUGGCUAAACGUUUAGGGCUAGACCCUCUCAGUCACUUCAUUGCACCAGUGGAAGCCUUGGAGUACGACAUGGCAGGUCCUCACGAGACAACAGUUAAUGCCAUCAAACGCAACUUGGAUAUGUACAAAGAAGGUGUUGGGAUCUUUAAGGAGAUGAUUCAGAAUGCUGACGAUGCCGGAGCCACUGAGGUAAAAUUCCUCAUCGACUGGCGCAAAAAUGAAGAAACUGCAAACAAUCUUCUGAGUGACGGAAUGAAAGCUUGCCAUGGACCAUCGAUCUGGGCUUACAAUAACGCACGCUUCUCUAAUGAUGACAUCAAGAAUAUAUGCAGCAUAGCAGCACAAAGCAAAAAACACCAGCUAGAUAAGAUUGGGAGGUUUGGAUUAGGGUUCACGUCUGUUUAUCAUCUCACAGACGUUCCUAGCAUUGUCAGCGGUCCGUAUGUCCUGAUCUGUGAUCCUAGAACUACACAUCUUGGUUCCCGUGUACAGCCUGGACAGCCAGGUAUUAAAUUAGAUCUAUCAAACACACGGCAUCGACGAACGUUGAAAUCGUAUCCGAACCAGUUCCAUCCUUACAACGGUAUCUUUGGCUGUGACAUGCACGAGUCAACGGAAGGAUUCGCAGAUACUCUAAUUCGUUUACCGCUACGAACGGAGAGCGGAGCUACACAAGAACAAAACCAACUGUCGCACCGCUUCUACGACACCAAGGAACAGGUUGAGCCACUUUUGGAGUCACUGAAGCGAUCAUCAGACACUCUGCUUCUCUUCACUCAAAACGUGGUCCAUGUCAGUGUCGAGGAACUGCAAUCCAAUGAUAUAAGAGACAUAAGAAAUAUCAUAUCUGUCAAAGUUGAGCGUGUCUUACAAUUGCCCCGUUCGGUAGGAGGUCAAGACGGUGAUAUGAGUACUGAGCGUAAGCUCCUUAAUGCAACUUCAUCGGCUAUGAGGAACCCUGCCACGGCGGUCCCAGAGACAACCAUGGUUGUGAAGGUCUCCCAGGAGGCAUCAGAAGACCACAUGACGAUAGAGCCUCAGAAGGAAGUCUUGCACUUCAUCAUUAGUUCCUGCAUGGAAAAUGGGGAAAUCCUAACCAUGGCUAGGUCCGAUGAAGGUUUAAGAUCAUGUGUUCUUCCUUGUGGGGGUGUUGCUGCGGAGUUAGUGUUGAGAGAUGGGAUCCUUGUACCUAAAUGUGUUGAUGGGAAAGCUUUCAGCUACCUGCCACUCGAUGUCUCCACAGGUCUACCCUUUCAUGUUAAUGGUAACUUUCUGCUGCAACCGAAUCGUCGGCAGUUGUGGAGCAAGCCUUCCUCAUCAAGUGGGGAGUUUGAAUCCAUGUGGAAUGAAUGCUUCAUAAAGUCUGUGUUGUGCCGUGCACUCUUAAAUCUUCUCAAAGAUCUCCAAGAAUUGCAAGACCAACACCAGGUCGAUGCUCAAGUUUUCCAGAGAUUGUGGCCAACUAAAAGCAGAUGCGAGACUGACUUUCAAACUCUUGUUGGCGCGUACUAUUCAGCUAUUGUGCGUUCCGGAAAUCCUCCUACAGUGGUGUACGUUAACAGCCAGUGGGUUACAGUGCAUGACUGCUUCUUCACUAAAUGGAAACACAACGACCCCGAAGACUUACGAUCAAGCAUAAAGUCUGUCUUAACCAAGAAGAUGCAUCCAAAGACUUGGGUCAAGCUGGAUUCAGAUGUGGUCUCCAGCAUAAAGAAGUUGCCUGAAAACAACUACUUUUUUGACAACACCUACGACGUGCAUCGUUUUCUGAAGGAGGUUUUCUUUCCAAUUUUGUCAUCAGGUAUUCGCAUUGAACCAUUUGAUCGCGACAAAAUCAUAUUGUAUGUUCUUGACCUUCGCCUUGGUGAAGAAAAAGGAAAACAGUAUGAUACCUCUUUGAGAGAUACUCGUUCCAUCCCGGUAUCUCCAAGAGGUGAAGUCAUUGUGCAGCCAAAAAUGCUGGUCAACCCACGCACAUCGAUUGGGUCUCUGUUCAGUGAAGCAGACUCCAGGUUUCCUUAUGGUGAUGAAUACCGCAACGGAAAUCGGCUCCUAUCAUUGGAACAGCUUGGUAUGGAAUCACAAGAUCUUUGUUGGGAAGAUAUUUGUGAGAGAGCAGAGUCAAUGGUGAUGGAUGAAGGGAGAAGUAAAAUUCUUCUGAAACUGAUAGACAAGAAAUUGAGGCAAGGAGAAGUUCCUACUUUAGAGCAAAAGAGACGAAUCAGAGAGGCCCAACUCCUUCCUGUUUUUCAGAAGCCAGAAUUGUUUCCUCUGGAAUGGCACGACGUCGGCACUGAAUUCAUGCCAGCAAAUUCUAUGUACGAGUGCAAACACGUCGACCUAAUUGGAUCCGUACACCCGUUAUUGGAUGAAGCGAGAUUGGGACCCGAAGCUAUGAACGAGACUGUCAAAAUAUUUCUUGGCUUUAAAGAGAAAAAAGUCAAGGUAAACGAUGUCAUCAAACAGCUUGCAAGGUUGAUUACAACUCAGGUAACACAUGAGUCAUCUUCAAUCGCCCAUAACAUCUACACCUUUCUUCAGCACACAAUAUGCGUUUGUGAUGAUGAUCACAUAGAUGUUGCUGAGGAAUACAUAAGUGAUUUCAAUCAUCUGUGUACAUUAGGAUUUGUUCUGUGUGAAGGAGAAUUCAGAGAGUGCAAACAGAUUGCCUUCAACUACAAAGGCAGGAGUGGACCGUACCUCUUUUCAAAACCUCCUAUGUUAUCCCAGUUCAGCAAUCUCCUAAAGGUGUGUGGGGUGAAAGACAACUUCGAUCUCGAGGACUACGUUGAGACCUUGCAGUAUCUAAAAGCAACAUAUGGAGAAGCUUGUCUGCCGGAUGAGGCGUUCAGAGCAGCAAAGGAUAUGAUAGUUGAAAUUGUAGCAAGAUUGGUCAACCCUCUCGAUGAAACGGACCAGAAACCAAAUUGUCUUCAAAAUGGAAAAGUGUUUGUGCCAGACAACGCAGGUGUCUUGCGGAAGCCAUCCGAGUUGACGUUUAACGAUAUGCCCUGGGAGGACGACGAUACACAAGAAGUUUACACCCAUCCAGAUGUUACAUACAAACAUGCCAAAGCUCUUGGUAUCGCGACAGCAAGAGAGAAAGGGUAUGACAAAUUCUCUUCUUGCAGUGGUUUUGAAAGUGACUUUGGGCAGGUCGAGGAGCUGACAGAUCGCUUGCGGAACAUACUCAGGGACUAUCCAAAUGUUUCUGAUGUAUUGAAGGAGCUGCUGCAAAAUUCUGACGAUGCUGGGGCAACAGAAAUACAUUUUGUCUACGAUCCCCGCAAACAUAGUGCACAGAAAAUAAUAUCUGACUCAUGGGCUAAAAUUCAGACACUUCCAGCCAUGUGUGUGUACAACAACAGACCAUUCAGUGAAGCAGACAUCAAAGGCAUUCAAAAGGUAGGAAUUGGCGGGAAGAGAGACGAUAUCGCAACAACUGGGCGAUUCGGCAUUGGCUUUAAUUCCGUGUAUCAUCUUACUGACUGCCCGAGCUUCCUGAGCAGUAAGGAUACAUUGUGUGUGUUUGAUCCACUCUUGAAAUACGCACCUAGAGCAAGGAAAGAAUCACCAGGACAGCAGUUUCAAACCCGUGAAGAAUUCAGGAAGAAGUUUCCGGACAUGCUAAGUGGUUUCCUGGAGGAUUUUGAUGAGUUCAGUGGGUCUGAGGGAACAAUGUUCCGCCUACCACUGAGAUCAACAGAAUCAGCGAUAUCAGGAGAGGUUUUCUCAGGCCAGGUGGUCGAGGAGUUGCUCAAAGGCUUCGAAAAGGUGUCCAUGGAAGCCCUUCUCUUUUUGAACAACAUCAAGAAGAUCUCUAUAUCAUGUGUUGAUGAACAAACGCAUACACUGGAUACGAAGUACGUGAUCAGUGCAGAACUGACUGACCAAGACCAGAAGCAUCGCGAGGAACUUGUUAAGCAUCUCAAGGAUUUUAAGAAUACUCCAUGUCAAGAUGUCCAAUCGAUGUGUCGUGUGUAUCGCUUACUGAUCCAGGAUACCAGGGAGUCCAAGCAAACAUGGUUAGUUUCACAGAUGCUCGGUUUCCAUGGUCUACCUCCUGAAGAAAACUUUCAAUUAUCAUCUGCAACCAGUUUGAAGAAGCCUCUUCCACGUGGGGGAGUAGCAGCACUCAUCAGUGAGGGUGUCAUACAACCAAAGUACAAAGCAUACUGUUUCCUUCCUUUGCCAAUACAUACCCAAUUGCCCGUACAUGUAAAUGGGAUGUUUGAGUUGGACUCAUCCAGGAAAAACCUUAAAAAGGGUGACUUCUACACUGGCAGUCCAAUCCUCAAAUGGAACAGUCAACUCAUCAAGUAUGUGAUUGCUCCUGCCUAUGCUGAACUGCUUCUCCAAGCAGGCCGGAAUAUACUCAACAAAGCUGAAGACAGAAGUCAAUACAAAGACCCAUUUGCUUUUUAUGAUGAACUCUUUCCAAAACACUUAGUAAAGCUACGUGAUGAAUGGGAGCUGCUCGCCAAGGAAACACUUUCCCUAAUUGGGAGGGAAAAUCGAAAGGUUCUACCAGUAGCUCGUCGAAAGGAACAAUAUCUUGAUGUUACAUGGCACCAUCCGAACAGCAACUCGAGUGCAACAUUCUUUGAUCGCCUGAACAGGAACGAAGCUGCUGACGCCCUGCGAUCGUUUUUGCUUCGCGUUGGGUUUAAUCUUCUUAAAAGCUCCUCUGAACUCUGCAAAGCAUUCAAUGAAUGUGGAGUCAAAGCUGAAUUCGUAUCCUCGAAAGUAGUGGUAAAGCACAUGUCAACUGAAUCAGUUGUUUCGCCAAGUUUACCAGCUCCUCUGGAAGAGACAGCAUUUGAAGGCUUAGUGACCUUUAAGGUGGUAUUUAAAUACUGCCUUGACGGAAUCACACACCCAACGCAGCUAGAAGGUCUGCCUUUCCGACUCGCGAAUGAUUGCAGUUUGGACGUGGUCAAACAGGAUAAUGGACUGUACGUAUCGUCACAUUGGAGGGUUCUGCCCAGCCUUAAGAAUCUGUUUGUGCAUGAUCAACUGGUUGAGAUGUGCACUGAAUGGUUUCGGAAGAACAGAUCAACUUCCCCGACACCAUACUCAACAGGUGUCUUUAAGAAGUUUACUAUAUUUGAGUUAUCCAGGCAUUUGGGAAGGCACCUUCCUGGGGAGUGGCAUGAGUGUAACCAUCACGUUGACUGGACACCGAAUAUAAACGGACACCCUACAGAGGAAUGGCUAAAGACACUAUGGACGUUCAUAUGCAGUGAUGAGAGGUCCGACACCUGCCUCGAGCCAAUCGAAAGAUGGCCAAUUUUACCCACAACUUCUGGAAAAUUGGUGCCACCGAGAUUAUCGAAGAGAAGCCUGCUCUUCAUGACGAAAUAUCCUACUCGUUUCACCUUUGAUAUCCCAAAUCGGACGAACAUCAUCAUUAUCUUGCGUAAAUUAGGUUUACCAGAAGUUAACUUGAAAGGUGUGACUGAUUGUGAACAGUAUACCCCGACAAGUUUGUUGAAUAAUUACUUAGCACGACUGGACAGUCAAGGGGAUGUUCUCAACGUUAUACAACAUGCACAAGAGAAGGGUGGAUUUGUUUGUGAUAUCCCACAAUCAGAUUGCACAAGCCUACUCCGGUAUUUCCAAGAAGCCUGGUCGAAAUCUCUCUUAUUCCAAUCAUCACUCUCACAUGAGAACUUCAAGACGAUCAAGUCAUUACCGAUUUUCAUCUUAUCAGGUGGUGCCGGAACUACUGAUCUACAUCACUCGAAAAACUACCACAGAACUGACGGAUAUGCGUUACUGAUGGUUGAGGCGAAGAUUUGGAUGGGUCACACGAACUGUGUGUUUAUACAACCGGACCAUGCGUUGAAUCUCAUCUACGACAAGCUUGGCAUCGUUGACAUCAAACAUGCUGAUGUUUACUUAAAGUAUAUACUGCCAAGUUUCAAAGUGCUAAGUCUGGAAGCUCAAAAAAAACACAUGUCAAAUAUCAAAGCCAAGUUGCGGUAUCAUGUAACAGACAACGAAUACCAAGCCAUUCUGAUCAAACUUUCCAGUCUAGAGUUCAUCAAAGACAUGGAACAAAAUCUCAGAAGAGCAGAUUGUUUUUAUGACCCAUCUAAUCCUGUCUUCAAAGCCAUGGUUGACAAGAACGACCAUCUACCUGAACAAAUGGCAGAAAUGAAGGAUUUCUUAGCAGAAAUUGGCCUCAACGUUGACGUUACCGCACCAUUGUUCAUUGGGUUUGCGAAGGAAGUCGAGCUCAGAGCCAGGAAUAUGACCGACAGUCAAAUUAAAUCUCUCGGGAAUGAUUCAACGCUUCUCACCGAGGAACUCAAGCACAGUGAAGAUCUUCAAGACAAUCAAAGUUUCCUAAGAGAGGUUGCACAGAUCAAAUUCAUUCCUCCCAAUCCUAUCAAGCCGGAACUCACUGAUAUUCAUCCAGCUUUCUCAGAGUCUGGUGAUAUUAACACGGACAGGGUACAUUUCAUCGCAUAUAAAGGAUCUGUACCUAAUCGGCACUGUGAGCUAGUCUGGUCAGUAGCCAAUCUUCUCCCUAGGCACACCAUACCUACGAACCGCACGUUCAAAGGAGAGAGGAUACAUCUUCACGGUUGCCUGGGUAUAGAGGACAGUUUGGAUCCUCAAAAGGUUGUUACACACAUCCAAAAUGUAUGUUUAAGAAUGGAGCAAAGAAAUGUCACCCACAAGGAAGACCAAGUGGCACCCAAAGUGAGGGAGACAUUGAAAGCUGUCAUGAUCAAGAUACUGCACUAUCUGCAAAAAAAUGUUGAAACGCAUGUUGAAUAUUUCAAGCGUAAUUUGCAGCAAACACCAAUCUGCUUAGUCGCAUCUGGAACCAUGCUUGUCCGAGUGAAUCAGCUUGUGUAUGAGUUGAAGGAGGAUCACGGGAACCUCCUGUGCCCAUACUUGUUUAAAGUCCCAAUGAAAGAAUUGUCAGAAUUUUAUUCGGUACUUAAAAUUCUUGGAGCUCAAGACCAAUGUUCGUUUGAUCAAUUUGCCGGAGUAUUGUCGACCCUACAAAGACAAUACGGUGAUGAGAAAGUAGGUCCAAAUGAAGAAAACACUGCAUUAUGCGCCAUGUCUUUGAUGUUUCAACUGCUUGCUGAGAAAAAGGAGAAAUGUACACGAGAUAUAUCAAUCUCUGAGCUGUUCUUACUUAGUUCAGACAUUGAUUUAAGAAAGACGUCGGAUCUCUGUUAUGCAGAGCCUCAUAUAAUGAAACAACUGCAUAAAUCAACAAAUAAGAAGUUUGUGGUUCCUCUUACACGAUGCGGAAUUGCUGAAAAUGAGGAUAGAUACUAUAUCGAGCUUCUGCCGGAGCAACUUCGUCCUAAGAAUAUAGGGGAUAGUUUGACCGAAAAACCUUUGGAGUCGUGUAGCUGCCUCCAAGGGACGGAUUGUGCUUAUCUAACCCACAUCAAACUGUUGCUCAAUUCAGAGGAGAUGACCCAGGUGCUGCUGCGACUGAUACAGCAUCAAUUAAAACCCAAAAGCCCAUCAAAAGAAACCGAGGAUUCUAUACGAAAGCUACGAAGCUAUGACAAGAUUAUCUGCAAAAUGAAUUUGGAAGUUGGACUGUAUGACACCGAAGAGAAUUUUGUCGGCCAGCGGAACAGCUCCAGGAAAGCGUUCUUUGACCGUAACACUAGCGUAAUGCUCUUGCUGCACCACGAGUUGCCAUUUCUAGCAAGGCACGUAAAAACAACAUUCAAACAAAUUGCUGAGUGUUGUAAUGACUUCCUUGGUCGUUUGCUUAACGAAAAAAAUGUAGGUCACCUUCAAACUGUUUUGGCAUCCGACAGCCCAAACGAAAUGAAUGACACACUUAGUGCAGACUGUAACAUUCCAGAAUAUGGAAUCGUUACCCAGGAACAAGAGGAUGAGCAUUCACCAGGUAAGAUUGUACCUCGUGAUAUGAAACAUUUGCUAGACCAGGACCCUUAUAACAUGUUCAAAGAGAAUGAGGUAGUGGGUUUCGAGAGAAACAUAGCCCUACCACUAAUUGAUCAUUCCCAAUCAAGAUUAUCAUCCCGAGACAACUUUACGGAGAUCGUUUAUGCAGUCAUCAUUAAACAAACUGAUAAGUUAUCGGGCCUGGACAAACACUAUCGCAUUGACAUCGGUGAAGACGCUCAUAUUGACGUAUCUGUCGUAAAACUGUACAAGUUCAUACCGCCUGAGAAAGCAGCCGACACAACAGAUAGAAAACUUCCGGGCUCUCCGGAGCAGGACAACGAACAGAUCAAGAGGGAGGUCGCUGAGGCCUUCACUCUGUCAGAAUAUGAAAGGCAGACAGCCAUUCGUCGUCUUUAUCGAAAAUGGCAUCCCGAUAAGAACCUUGGGGAAGACAGUCGGGCAACGCAAGCAUUUCAGUUUCUCAAACAGCAAAUUAGCAGUCAUGAUUCAACAUCUCACUACAGUCAACAUUUUUCACACUGGGAGGCAGAGGCCACGAGAAGCUAUGAAGACGAGACUUAUUAUCGUAAACGUUACAGACAUCGGUAUCGAAACGGAAGGAGUAAGUAUGGUUUACCAUUCUCUUUCAUAAGGGAAACCCCUGACCCAGUUAAGGCCUGGAUUUGGUUCCUACAGGCUAAGGAGCAUUUUAGCACAGCUCAAGCAACAAGUCACAUUCAACCAGUUCCAGGGAAACAAUGGAUAGCUUUUCAAAUACACCAAGCUGCUGAGCUAGCCCUCAAAGCCGCGCAGUACAGCCUUACUGGACGACCUGAUACGGACUGUCAUGAACUGAUGCAUCUUGCAUGGAAAGUGUGCUCUCACAGGGAGGUGCACUCCAAUGACCUCGUGGACCGAGUAUACGAACUGAACAGACUUGAUUGUCAUUUUAGCAAACCAAGAUAUCCUGAAAUCUGGCAGACCAGUGGACAAGUAUUCACUGACUUCUGCACUAAGAAAGCUUUCGAGGUGUGUGAGAAAUUGUUUAUACUUGUCAGAGACAUUAUCGGCACAUAG